AUGGACCCUAGUAACACCGGCGAACCUGACCCGGGUAGCAUUGCAGUGCUGAAAACAGUUGACGAAAGCGUCAGGACGGCGCGCGAGGCUGAAACGAAGGGGGGUGACGAAACUAGGGACGACGGGAGGAUCGAGGCAGGAGCGGAAGCAGAACGAGGUGAGAGGAAAUCAGCGGGAAGAAGGGGAGAAGAGAGGGAAGAUGGGGAAGAGGAGGGGAGUGAGGAGAUGCAGGGCGAAGGCACUCUUAGAAGUAACGCUGGGGUUGAAGGACAAGAGGAAGGGAAGCAGCAGCAGGACGGAGAGCAGCAGGUGGAAGGAGAGCAGCAGGAGAAAGACAAAAAGCAGGUCCAAGAGGAGGAGGAGAAGGAGGAGCAGGAGGAGCAGGAGCAGCAGGAGGGGCGGGAGCAGGAGGAGGAUGAGGAUGAGGAGGAAGAGAAAGAAAAGCAGCAGCUAGUGGGCGCUAGGGAGAGCAGUAGGAAGGGCGACAGGGACGGCGGCGGUGGCAGCGGAGUGAAGCGGGGGCUGCGGUCUGUGAUGGCAGGGCGAUUUCAGCACUACUCCGCGCUCAAGAGCAAGCGCAGGCGGCGGCUGGAGCAGAGGAGCUUCCAAGAGUUCUUCCUGGCGGGUGGCGAGGGGGAGGGGGAGGGGGAGGGGGAGGGGGAGGGGGAGGGGGAGAGGGACGGUGGAGAAGAGGGGGAGAGGGGGAAUGCGGAGGGGUUGGGUGGGGGAAAGGGGGUUGGAGAGUUAGUGGAAGAUGGGGAGGGGGAUGGAGGGAAGGAAGUGGAAGGGGAGGAGGAUGAUGUUGGUGUUGUUGUGGGGGAGGAUGAAGGGGAUGGGGACGGGGGGAGUGAAAGUGAUGGGGUGGAGGAGGUAGAGCAGGAGGAGGAGGGAGAGGAGGGCGAGGGGGAGGAGGAGGAGAAGGAGGAGGAGAUGAAAGAAAGCGGAGCUCUAGAGGGGGAGAGGAAAGAGGAAGGGGACGAGGAAGGCCGGGUGGAGGAAGAGAGGGACGGGAUGGUUGAGGUAGCUGUUAAGGGUUUGGAAACAGCAGGGAGUGGAGCGGAUAAGCUUAGAGGCUCUCUGAAAUCCGUGGUGGGGAAGAGGGAGGAGAAAAGGCGAGAGAGGGAAGGGAAGGCACAGCCAAUCGUGGAGGAGGAGAAAGGCGAGGGGCAGAGGACGCUGAGAAGGAGAGAGCAACCGAAACGAACCCAGCAGAGCACGCAACGGCAGCAGCAGCAGCAACAGCAGCAGCCACAGAAGCAGCAGAGGCGGCAGGGGAAGAAGCAGACGGGUAAAGCGAAGCAGGCAGCAGCGGCGAAAGCAAAGGCAGGGCGAGCAGCAGCAGCGAAGGCAAAGCGGGAGGCGGAGAGGCAGGAGGAGCACGAUGCAGAGGUGGCACGGGCGGUAGGGUUCCCUCCGGAUGGGCUGAGGGAGGACGAGGAGGAGGCGGGUGUGGUUCGCAGUGGCACGAGUGGGGAGGAGGGCGUGUAUGUGCGCAUGCGGAAUCGGAUUUUGGCGCUUUGGAGGCGGAAUGUGAACGGGUGGAUACAUGAGGACAAGGUGGGUAGGGUGAGGGGGACGCAGGAGGACGAGGAGGAGGCUGGUGUGGUGCGCAGUGGCACGAGCGGGGAAGAGAGCGUGUAUGUGCGCAUGCGGAACCGCCUUGCAGCAGCGCGGCAGUUGAUGGUUCUCGGGCAUCGGGUGACAGUGAUAGAGGCUCGCAACCGCCCCGGAGGGCGAAUGCACUCCAAGCUGCUCUCCUCGCCUCCAGGCCCCAACCAGGUGGCAGUAGCAGCGGAGCUAGGCGGGUCGAUCGUCACAGGCAUCCUCGGCAACCCUCUGGGAGUCUUGGCCCGCCAGCUCGCCAUCCCUCUGCACCGCAUUCGCGACGCCUGCCCGCUCUACCGCCCGGACGGGCUGCCCGUGGACGAAAAAUCUGACCGGGUGGCAGAGGCAAGAUUCAACGUGAUGCUGGACUUAGCUUCAGAGAGGAGGGCUGAGAUGGAAGGGGUGGCAGAUCAGAUCUCCCUUGGGAACACCAUGGAGUUUGUUCGGCAGCAAGCGGUGCAGGCUGUAUCUGAGGAAGGUGACUCAGCCGCAGGAGCAGCAGCAGCAGCAGCAGCAGCAGCAGCAGCAGCCGCAGCCGCAGCAGCCGCAGCAGGAGCAACAGCAGCAGCAGCAGGAGCAACAGCAGCAGCAGCAGCAGCCGCAGCAGCAGGAGCAGUGACAGGAUCAGCAGCAGCAGCACAACCAGCCACACUCCAAGAGACAGAGGAAGAACAGCAGCUGGUGCAGUGGCACUACGCGAACCUCGAGUUUGCCAAUGCAGCCCGUGUAGCGGACCUCUCGCUGGCCUUCUGGGACCAGGACGACCCCCACGAGCUGCUGGGGCACCACUGCUUCGUGGCGGGUGGCAACGGGCAGCUUGUGGAUGCCCUGGCGGACGGGCUGCCCGUGGUGUAUAACUGUGCGGUGGAGAGGGUUGAGUAUGGGAUAGGGAGGGGUCGAGAAGGGGACGAGCCGGUUUCAGCAGAGGCAGGAGGGGGAGGAGCAGGAGGUGGAGCAGGAAGAGGAGGAGGCGGGGGAGAGGGGGGAAAGGAAGAGGAAGUGGGAGGGGAGGGGAGAGCGGCGGCGGGGGGAGUGAGGGUGGUGUGUCGGGACACGAGGAGUGGGGAGGAGGUGGAGUAUGAGGGGCAGCAUGUGCUCUGCACGCUGCCGCUGGGAGUGCUGCAGAGGGGGUCUGUGUCUUUCCACCCACCGCUGCCUCUCAGGAAGACACGUGCCAUCCAUAGGCUGGGCUUCGGGCUCUUGAAUAAGGUAGCAAUGCUCUUCCCGUAUGUCUUCUGGGACACCACCAUCGACACCUUUGGUCGCCUCACAUCGCACCCCUCGCAGCGCGGCGAGUUCUUCCUCUUCUACUCCUACGCUGCUGUCUCGGGCGGCGCACUGCUCAUGGCUCUUGUUGCAGGGGAGGCAGCAGAGAAGUUUGAAGGAGAAAAGUCAGAUGCGCUCAUGUGGAGGGUGCUGACAGUGCUCAAGAAAAUCCACGAGCCCAAGGGCAUAGCUGUGCCGCACCCCCUGCAGUGUGUGUGCACGCGGUGGCGCAGCGACCCGUAUGCAGGUGGCUCGUACUCGUAUGUGCGUGUGGCGGCAUCGGGGGACGAUUACGAUACACUGGCAGAGAGCGUGGACGAGCGGCUCUUCUUUGCUGGCGAGGCCACAAGUCGUCACUACCCCGCCACCAUGCACGGAGCCUGCUUCAGCGGCCUCAGAGAAGCAGCCAAGAUCAACCAAGUCGCCACAGCAGCUGAAGCAGCGCGGACAGCCGAAGCAUCUCGGGCAGCCGAAGCAGCCCGGGCGGCACAAAGUGCAGCUGCUGCCAGCAGUGCCGGCGGCAACACCACAGAGCAAAGCACUCCCAUGACCACACCUGCUGCUGGCUUGUCAACAGAUGUGGGAGCAGCAGCAGCACCAGCAGCGGUAGGCAUGGGCAUGCAGGUGGCAGUGUGCCUACUGGAUGCUCUCUUCAGCGACCCUGACCUCGAGUUUGGUGCCUUUGCCGUGCUCUUUGAUCCCCGCGGCUGCCAGCCUGACCGUGCUGCUGUGCUGCGGGUCACACUCAGAAAAGAUGCCUUCUUGCCGCGGCUACCUGCUGCCCCUGCUGCGGCUGCUGCUGCUUCUGUCCCUGUUGCUGCUGUCGCCUCUCCAGCAGGAGUGAGUGAAGAUGCAGCAGCAGCAGCCGCAGCAAAGGAAGCAGCAGAGAGGCGAAAGGCAGAAGCUGCGAGAGAAUGGGGUUCUGUGGUGAAUACCCCCUUGUCGCACACCCAUGUGGUGAAGGAUGAAAGCCAAGCACCUCAUGCAUCGAAAGAGCAGCAUCAGCAGCAACAGCUAACACCACAGGAAGCCAAAAAGAAGCCAUCUAGCAGUGCUCCUCCUUCACCAUCUGCUACUGCAGCUGACUUCGCAUGGCCCCUCCCCCAGUUGACCCUGCACACAGUUGUCACCCGCCACCAGGCCUUGCUACUCCGGGAGGUUCGGGGCAGCGAUGCGGCUCGGUUGGCGAUCCUGACAAGCAGGUUCGGAGUGAAGCUGGUGGGGAGGCGCGGGCUGGGGCAGAUGGGGGAGGAGGUGGUGGAGGCAGUGAGGGAGGCGAGGGCUGCUAGCAGGAGGAAACUUUUGGCCGCAAUGGCUCACGUGGCGGCAGGCGAAGGCACGGAUCGCUUGAACGCGCAUGUGCAAGUCAGCGGCGCAAGCUACACUGUGGCUGCGAGGAGGAGCAUAAAAAACGAUGGCACGACAGGAAGCAAGACCUUGAGCAUGGGAGUGGGUUUGGGGGUGGGGGUGGGGGUGGCGGGCAGUGGCGGCACAGGCGGAGCGGUGGGUGCGAGCGUGCAGGUGGCGACGCAGAUCACGGUGCCGGGCCUCAGCCUCCCCGUCAGCUUCGACGCCCUCCGCUGCUUCACCCUUCCCCGGGCGGCGGCCAAGGCGGGGCGGGAUGUGCAGGUGUGGUGGCAUGGGAUCACGGGAAACAGCAAGGGCAGCAGCAAGGGUGCGGUGUGCAAGCAGCUGCGGUUCUUUGCCAACCCCGCCUGCAAGGGCAAGGCGCUGGAUGAGGUGCUCAAGCCGCAAUACGCCGGCCUGCGCAAAUUCUUCAACGUCCCCAGGUGGGUGGUGGGGUCAAGUGGAUGA